AUGCUAGUACGAAAAGAUUUCCUCAUAGAAUGCCGCAAACGAGGAAUUUUUCCGGCACACAUUGUGAACUCGCUGAAAUGCAUCCACCCACUACUCGAAGAAAACAGUCCAUACACACAAAAGCUGCAAAAUACCGUCGAACGUUUCAAAAAAGGAUUACUCAAUAUAGAAAUACAACACACCCACUAUAAAAUCAAAGAAUUCAAACGCAUCCUAGAGAUAACCCAGCAACAAAUAGAGACUACAGCUACAACAGAAAUCACCUCCCGAUUCAUAACUACACAAAACCAAUCGUUUGAAAACAAAAAGCAUAUCUUAAAACGCAAAACCAACUCCAAGCUGACAAAUUUAUUACGUAAAUCCGACCCUACUACAGAUAAAAUUCCGACCAUCAACGAUAAGUCUAUACUAAAUGCCACCAACUUGCACAUUCCGCCUGAAAUGCAGUUACUGCUGAGUAUGGGACCAAAAUUUUCAUUACCGAUAGUCAAUCCUAGUCAAAUACCAAUCUACCAUCUGAUCGCCGACUUGGAAUCGAUCCUUCAAACGUCGCCAGACAAAUUCGUUCAAGAUAAAAAUAGAUGCCAAGUUGUAUCGCACAUCCAAAAUCACAUUUCAAGAGCAAAAUCCCACCAGCGCAAAACACCACUUACGAGUUUCUGCCAAAAAGCGUCAGCAACCACCAAAACAUUCCUGCAAGAGCAUCCAGACGUGUGUGUCCUUGAGUCGGACAAAGGUAAAAAGAUGGUUGUUAUGUAUCUAAACGAUUACGAGCAGAAAAUGUCAACAUUACUCGAUUGCACAACGUACAAAGUCCUACCGAAGGACCCAACAUCCAGCAUACAACGUCAGAACAAUCAAAUAGCCACUAGACUCCAAAACCUCAAACUCAUAGAUCAAGUAACAUUUCGCCGCCUGCAGACCAGCACUUCUACCUGCCCAUCUAUCUAUGGUCAGCCCAAAGCACACAAACCCGCGCUUCCGCUACGCCCAGUCGUCCCUAACGUAACUGCACCUACCUAUAACAUGUCAAAAUUCAUCGCAACCGCUUUAAAACAGAGUUUCCACAGCAAAUACAACAUAGUGGACAGCUUCAAAUUCGCCGAAUACAUCAACACGAUAAAGCUCCCUAAAGACUAUGUACUAGUGUCGUUUGACGUAGUAUCUCUGUUUACCAAUAUACCGAAAGAUCUUGUCAUCCACGAUAUCAUUAUGAACUGGCCUGAUAUCAAAACAACAACCAAUAUCAAUUUAGAUCUGUUUAUAGAGAUCGUAGAAUUUUGCUUAAACAACAGCUACUUUCAGUUCCGAGACAAAUUCUAUCUGCAAACAUUUGGAACGGCAAUGGGUAGCCCUUUGUCGCCAAUAUUAGCCGAUCUGGUAAUGGAAAACCUCCUAAACACAGUGAUAAGGCGUCUGCCUUUUGAAAUUCCAGUAUUACGGAAGUAUGUUGACGAUUUACUCUUGGCACUGCCUAAAAAUCAAGUACAGUAUACAUUGGACACUUUCAACGACUACAAUGAGCACAUACAAUUCACAAUAGAAGAGGAAUUAAACAACACCUUGCCAUUUCUCGACACAUUAAUCAUACGCAGCAACGAUCAAACUAUAUCCACGCAAUGGUAUGCCAAGCCAAUUGCCUCAGGCAGACUUCUAAAUUUUCACUCGCUACACCCAACAUCUAUCAAAGUCAACGUAGCAACCAACUUUAUUAAACGAGUGGUGAUGCUAUCUACCAACAAACCAAUCAAUCAACUAAAACACAUCAUCUUCCAACAUCUGCGGCAAAAUGAUUAUCCAUCUUCGCUGAUCAACCGAUUCAUCAACAGAAACAUUAGCAAAUUCUCCAUUCAGCACCAUGAUUCUAUGUCCCAACAUAGCUCACCACCAAACAGCCUGAGGCAUAACUCAGCUCAAAACUUCAAUAACCAGCCUUCUACACCUGUUCCAGUCGAAGAACCAACAUCGGAAAACACAACAUCACCAUGCACCACCAGCAUUCCAUCUUCAAUAACGUACAGAUCGAUUCCUUUCAUCCCAGUCCUAAGCAAAAUUAUAACAUCAAUUCUCCGGCCAGAUUUUCCAACAUUGAAAUUCGCGUACAGACCAAUCAAAACAACCAAGUGCCUACUCAAACAGAUCAAAGAUCCAGUACCCCCACAACUGCAAUCCAACGUUAUUUACAGUAUCCCCUGCUAUGAAUGUCCAAUGACAUAUAUUGGUAUGACCAGAAACCAGCUAAAAACGAGACUCAGCGGACACCGAUCGAAUAUAAACAAAUAUACCAAUCUAAUUGACCACCCACCCCAAUACCAAAAAGAAGAAAUAGCCCAGUUAAGCGAAAAAACAGCACUCAUGCAACACAUCAUCAGUCAUGGGCACAGCUUUGAUCUGGCGAACACGAAGAUCAUCGAUCGCACACUCCGGACUUCGGCAUUACCACUGCUAGAGAUGUGUCACAUUGCGAAUACACCUAACACAGUCAACCACCGCACCGAUGUACAGGGCCUCAACACAACCUACGCUGGUAUUUUGCACGCUACCAAAUCCAUCAGUUGUAGUAGCAGAAACAGACGAAAAAGUUUCUCUACUAACACUGAUAUUGUUCCAUCAAAAGCUCCGUAAUGUCAUUUUUUGGGCCACGAUAGACCAGAUGAGCUUUCCCAAUAUCUAUGUUUAGCUUUUCAAAUCAAUCGUUAUUUUUAUAGUGCAGUAGUGACAUCGAAAA